UCCGGGACAUGAAUGCUCUAGAAUGUUGCAGAAGGCUGUAGCAGCUGCGCGUGCUAGUGUGUUUGGCAGGGGAGUGACGUCACCGGCGGCCGCUGGCUGGUAGGCAGCGCGUGAGAGUUGCGGCGGGUGUUGACAGAGAGAGCGGACCCGCCUCGUGCUCGGUACGCGGUACGGUUCGGGCAGCAGGACGCGCUCGCGCGCUCGCUCGCGGACAGUGUCUAUAGAGCUCCAUACCUUCAGCUGUCAGUCAACAGAGCAGUGGGAAUCUGUUGAAGGUGAAGACAGGAAUUAAAGUAGAGCCCAGAGGAGGCAGGAGCCAUGCUGUGCUGGGGUAAUGCCUCCUAUGGCCAGCUCGGAUUGGGUGGAAUCGAUGAAGAAAUAGUGGUUGAACCUCGUAAAUGUAGCUUCUUCAAUGGGAAGCUGGUGUGGGACGUGGGCUGUGGGAGGAGACACACCGUCUUCCUGCUGGGAGAUGGGACUGUGUAUACGUGUGGAUGCAAUGACCUGGGACAGCUGGGGCACGAAAAGACACGCAAGAAACCAGAGCAGGUUGUGGCUCUGGAUGCUCAGAACAUCGUGGCGGUGUCGUGCGGUGAGUCCCACACUCUGGCUCUGAAUGAUAAAGGGCAGGUGUUUGCGUGGGGUCAGGCGUCGGAGGGGCAGCUCGGCCUCGCCAACAUGGAGGACUGCGUCCGUGUGCCCAGAAACAUUAAGAGUCUGUCAGAGGUUCAUAUUGUGCAGGUAACCUGUGGAUAUCGACAUUCCCUGGCUCUUUCCAGACGGGGUCAGAUCUUCUCCUGGGGGCAGAAUAAGUACGGGCAGCUGGGACUGGGUAAAGAGGGACCCAGUGUUCUGACCCCACAGCUGGUCCAGUCCUUACUGGGAAUCCCUUUUGCCCAGAUCUCGGCGGGCGGUGCCCACAGCUUCGGGCUCACCCUGUCUGGAGCUGUUUUUGGUUGGGGGAGAAACAAGUUUGGACAGCUGGGUCUUAAUGAUAACAGUGAUCGCUGUGCUCCCUGCCUGCUGAAGACGCUCAGAUCUCAGAGAGUAGUUUAUAUCUGCUGUGGGGAGGAUCAUACUGCUGCACUGACCAAGGAGGGAGGCGUGUUCACGUUUGGAGCUGGAGGAUACGGCCAGCUGGGACACAACACCACCAACCAUGAGAUUAACCCCCGGAAGGUGUUUGAGCUGAUGGGGAAUGUAGUUACACAGAUAUCCUGUGGUAGGCAGCACACCAUGGCGUUCAUCCCGUCCUCUGGGAAGAUCGAUUCCUUCGGUCUUGGUGGAAACGGCCAGCUCGGCACUCGCUCCACCUGCAACCGGAAGAGCCCUGCGCCUGUAAAAGGUCAAUGGAGAGCCUAUAAUGACCCCAUUCCAAUGGAAGAAGAGGCUGAAGAGUUCUACUGUGUAAAGAGAAUUUAUGCUGGAGGAGACCAAAGUUUCGCUUACUGCCAGUGUCCUCAGAACACCUCUCCUCCGGAGGAUCUGAGGGUACAGAACAGCACUCAGCACGUCUUAACCUUAAACAGCGACCUCAUCCAGAAGUGGCUGGACCACGGCCACGGACGCCUGUCCCCUGAGAUCACAGAUGAGAUUGAUCUGGUGUUCUCCUCAGCGAGCUGCCUCAAUGGGAGUUUUCUGUCCACAAGUCAUCCGGGUCACUACAGCACUAGUGGUAAAUGCUCAGGGGUGGAUGAGAACAUGGCUCGGGUUCUGUUCAGUCGACUCAUCCAGACCGAUUACCCUCACAUCUCACAGCAGGUCGCCGCCAGUCUGGAGAAGAACCUGAUCCCCAACCUCAGCAGCUCUCCUCCAGACAUCGAGGCCCUGAGACUCUACCUCACCCUCCCGCAGUGCCCGCUCUUCAGCAACCCCAACACCUACAUCACCCUCGCCAUCCCCUUCGCCAAGGCCGUCACCAGCCUGAAGCCGGCGGCUCUGAAGGUGCUGGGGAACUGGUGGUCUCGGAUUGAACCGGCAGUGUUCCAGGGUAUGGUGGAGUUGUAUAAAGACGUGGUUGUGUAUCUGUUGCGAAUGCAGAAGGUGGGAAUUCCACCAUCUGAACACAGAUUAUUUACCUGCUUCCUCAGCACCUGCCUCAGGUUCCUGGAGAUCCUGCACUCAGUGAACGAGCGAUCAGGGCAGAUCAUUCAGUACGAUAAGUUCUACAUCCAUGAGCUGGAGGAGCUGGUGGAUAUCAGGCAGGAGUACGUGAGCUGGCUUCAGCAACAGUUCUCUGUGCAGCCCAUAGACUCUCAGGUCAGUCUGUGCAGAUACUCCUUUAUUCUGGACGCGCAGGCGAAGACGACGCUGCUGCAGAUUGAUGCCGUUUUCCAGAUGCAGUUGGCUGUUGACCAGGCAAACAGGCUCAGCUCUAUGUACCUGUCGGGAGCAGCGAUGGAGUCUGUGAACCCCUGCCUCAUUCUCAUCGUCCGCAGAGAGAACGUGGUGGGAGACACCAUGGAGGUUCUGAGGAAGUCCAAAAACGUGGAUUAUAAGAAGCCUUUGAAGGUGAUCUUUGUUGGAGAGGAGGCUGUGGACGCUGGAGGAGUGAGGAAAGAGUUUUUUCUCCUGAUCAUGAAGGAACUGCUGGACCCAAAAUACGGCAUGUUCCGCUACUACGAGGAGUCCCGGCUGAUCUGGUUCGCUGAUAAGACGUUUGAAGAGGUAGAUUUAUUCCACCUGAUUGGAGUGAUCUGUGGAUUGGCGAUUUAUAAUCUGACUAUAGUAGAGCUGAACUUCCCUGUGGCCUUGUAUAAGAAGCUCCUGAAGAGGACCCCUACUCUGGACGACCUGAAGGAGCUGAUGCCUGAUGUUGGCAGGAGUCUGCAGCAGUUGCUGGACUACACUGAGGAUGAUGUUGAGGAAACAUUCUGCUUAAACUUUACAAUCACAGUGGAGAACUUCGGUGCUACUGAGGUUUUGGAGCUGGUGCCUAAUGGAAUGGACAUUAAUGUAAACAAUCAUAACAGGCAGGACUUUGUAAAUGCGUAUGUGGACUACAUCUUCAACACCUCGGUGGCGCAGCUGUUUAAUGCCUUUCAUGCUGGAUUCCAUAAAGUGUGUGGUGGGAAUGUUCUGGAACUUUUUCAGCCUAAUGAACUGCAGGCAAUGGUAAUAGGGAAUACGAACUACGACUGGAAGGAGCUGGAGCAGAGUGCAGAAUACAAGGGUGAAUACUGGGCCGGACAUCCCACUAUCAAACUAUUCUGGGAAGUUUUCCACGAGUUACCUCUGGAGAAGAAAAAGCAAUUCUUGUUGUUCCUCACCGGCAGCGAUCGUAUCCCCAUUCUGGGAAUGAAGAGUCUGGCGCUGGUGAUCCAGCCCACCGGCGGCGGGGAGCACUACCUACCUGUGGCCCACACCUGCUUCAACCUGCUGGACCUGCCCAAGUACAACAGCCGCCAGAUCCUCCAGGAGAAGCUCCUGAAGGCCAUCGAACACAAUCAGGGCUUUAACCUCGCCUGAGGAACGUCUGCAGCGUCGCUGUGGAACUUCAGGCGUCUUCAGACUGUAGAUUAUUUGAUAUUCCCGACUGUAAACACUGAUUUAUCAGUGAUUUAAUGAAAGAGCUGCGUUUUAUACGAGUGCGUGAUUCUAUAAGGGUCUGCGAGUUUGAGGUUCGGAGUUAAAGCAUUAAUAUUUCUGUAUUUUACUUUCUUAAGAAGCUUCUGAAGAGUUCUGUAACAUGGAGAACAGGUUCUUGAUACGUUCUUCGGUGGUGUUGGUCACAAAGAAUAAGAAUUACGAGCAUUGUUAAUUUUUUAUUAUUUGUUCAGUUUAAUUAUUUUCACUAAAUAUAAAAUCUAUAGGUAAUUGGCUUAAAUUGAAUAAAUCUCUGCUGGAUUCAGUAAAACACACUGAUUUCUUUCUACAUAAUAAAAGUGUAUUUAUUGAUGUAACGGAUGGUUGAGCGGUAAACACUGUACAGCAGCCUUUUCUCACAAACCUGCUGCAACCAUGUGAAUAUUGACAGAAGCUUUGAUUUUUUUGGGGCCGAUGUCAUAAAUAAAAUAUACAGCUUUUUCACA